AUGGAGUGGAAGGGGUGCGAGGAGAUGGAGGUGGAGAGUGGGGACGCGGUGCUCAAGGAGGAGGAUGAGGAGUUGCUUGCGAAGGGUGUCAGAGAGACGCCGGAGAGGAGGGUUAGACGGUUGACCAGGGAGGGUCGUCUAGGUGCCCUACGUGUUACGAACGAGACGUACAGAUGGGUGUCGGAUGCUCGGUUCCAUCCUUCGGGCACCAAGGUCGUAGCCACCAAGUGGUACACGUCUUCUAGGUCGUUGGGUGCAGGUGAAGGAUGGGAGUACGAGGUUCCUUCAUUGGAGGACAUCCGCAACGGUGUUCAGCCCCAAAUCCCUGUCGGGAGCGGAACUCGGGUUCUGAGUCGGACCCUGCCACGCGGAUGGACUUCGAGCGACUAUGGAGACCAGCAGAUUGGUCCUGAGCAGAUCAUUUGGUGUGGAAAUGAUAGUGUUAUCUUUUCCAAGAACAGCGUGGAUAGCAGUCGCUUUUCCUACAGCAAAGAUGUCCACAGUGGAAUCUAUGCAAUCUACCAGCGCAACCUUACGACCGGCUCGACGGAGAAGAUUGUCAUUACCCGGCCUGGAGGUGCAAGUCGCCCUGAGCUUUCUCGGGAUGGACGCUCGCUCGCUUUCGUUCGUCGUGUCCGUGAUAAAGCAGCGUUGGUUCUCAAGGACUUGGAGACUGGAACCAUCCACCACAUCUGGCACGGUUUAACCUACGACCUCACAACCAUCUCUGCACCGAUGGGUACCUACCCCUCUUAUGCAUUCACCCCGUCGGACGAUGCCGUCAUCAUUUGGGCAGCUGGCCAAAUCUACCGAGUGCCUCUGUCAGUCAAUGAACGGGGAGAGCGAGUUUCAGGCGGGACACCACACCCUAUCCGUUUCACCGCGCGCAUCGAGAAACGCCUGGCAGAAACCCUGCGUGAAGGAACACGAAACCUCGUCCAGCUCGAAACUCAGGAGACACAGCGGGUACAGGCUUUCAAGGAGCUUCGGGUCGACGAGAAAGGCGGCAGGGCGUUGUUCCAAGCUGCUGGCGUCACCUAUCUGCACAACGUAUACGAGAGGGGCACAUUCAAAGUACCGAUUCUCCACCCAGAGCAGCCCUACUAUUCUCCAGAUUUUGUGAAGAAUGCUCACGACCUCGUGCUGCACGCUCGAUGGUCGGACGUUAAUUUUACGUCGUUUGAGAUUGCCAAUCUCACUGCGCAGACUGCGUUCGAGGUGGAGGGGCUGCCGUUGGGGCGGUACUUCUCCCCUAUCCUUUGCGGAAGUGAAGGGAGGACAAGGCGAAUUGCGUUUGUCAAGGUCGCGAGCGACUAUCUCAGCGGGAAUAUCAUCGCUACCGCCAACCCGGGUUUGUACCUCGGCACAGUAACCCUGCCGUCAGACUGGAACGCCCAAGGCCUCGACAAGGGGACCAUCCCUAUCCGCGACCUCACCUUUGUCAAAUCCCGAAUCAGCCCCACCGACCGCGUCAACAUGCAAUUCCUCGAAGGCAGCAACAAACUCCUAGUACACCAAUCCUCCCGGUCCUUCAUCAUCGACUUGGGUGCUGGAUCUGACGCACACGGGAACUACCCGCACCACACCCUAGCAGAGGGAAAGAUGAGUUCUGAACUCGCUACUUCAGUCAAGCUAGACAAGAAAGGGGAGAACUACGUUCCUGACAACGUGGCGUUUGUGGAUUUCUUCCAUGUUUAUGUUGCACCUGGGAAGGCUGUUGUUGGGGAUGGGGAUGGAGCUGGUGAGGGAGGGGUGUGGUCAAAACCGGGGAAUUCGACCAAGGGUCUGGCGAGGUUGAGUGUGGAUGGUGGGCAUGAUAUUACGUGGAGUGGGGAUGGGAAGAAGUUGUUCUGGUUCUUGGGCCCGUAUCUCCACUCGGUCGAAGUCUACAGGCUCAGUCGGUGCGCGACGAGUAUUAUUCAGGAUAAAGUCAAUUUCGGGAUCAACUGCGUCAAGGAUUUGUUGUACUACCAAGAAGUCCAUGUUGAACAUUCUACCGAUAUCGCGAGGUUGAAGAAGGAAGCGAGUGGUUUCAGGCCUGGGAUUCAAACUCCAGCAUCCAAAGAUGCGGAACACGAAGUCUCCUAUACCAUUAACGACAAGGACAAUGGCGCCAUCACGGAUUUGAUGAUCAUCUUCAAUGCUACGCUGCUUACGAUGGCUACUGGGAAGCAAGAAACGGAUUUGAUCAGGGGUGGUAUUUUGAUUGUGAGAGGGGGUGUUAUUGAUGCUGUUGCUACUUUGGAGACGUUCUCGGAGGUGGAUGUGAAGGGUGCUAUUGUGAUUGAUGCUAAAGGAGGCUUCGUCGUCCCUGGAUUCAUCGACGUGCACGCGCACUGGGAAGGAUACUCCACGAAGUUCCCGUCUAAAUCGUGGGAGAUGGAGACAUUCCUCGCGUAUGGUAUCACCACGCUGCACAACCCCAGCGCGGGCACCGUUGACGCCCCAAUUGAGAGAGCUAGGAUCGAGGGAGGGUUUAUGAUUGGACCCAGAAUCUUCACUGUGGGCGAUAUCAUUUAUGGUGCUGGUAUACCGGGGAUCCAUCAGUAUAUUGUGGACUUGGACGAGGCGAAGGAAGCUUUAACGAGGAUUAAAGCUGAGGCUGGGCCGUUUGGGAUUUCGUAUAAGAAUUACAAUAUUCCUUCGAGGGCUUCGAGGCAGAGGUUGUUGAGUGUUGCAAGGAAUUUCAGUAUGUUGUGCGUUCCUGAGGGUGGGAUGAACUGGGAUUGGGAUUUGACAUAUAUCAUUGACGGUAUGACGACGGUCGAGCAUUCGAUUCCUGUUCCCGUGCUGUACGAGGAUGUUCAGACUUUGUAUGCCUUGAGCGGGACUGGCAACACCCCGACACAUAUUGUCAAUUAUGGCGGUGCAUGGGGCGAGCAGUUUGUCUGGGCUAAUGAAGAUAUCCCCAAUGAUCCCAAGUUGCGAAGGUUCAUGCGACAUGAUAUCUUGGAAACCCUGUCUGAAUCUACUGCAAGGCCUAAGAACUCUUAUCAAUUCUUCAACGCAUCAGCAUCGGUCGCUCAGAUGGUGAAGAAGGGGUUGUUGGCGAACAUUGGUGCUCAUGGUGAGCAACCUUUGGGAGUGAACUAUCAUGCAGAGAUGGAGUUCACGAGAGCCGGAGGGCUGACUCGUUAUGAGACCCUCCGCGCUGCCACCAUCGACGGAGCAAAGACGAUUGGACUCCACGACUCCAUUGGCUCUCUCGAAGCUGGGAAGUUGGCUGAUUUCCUCGUAUUCCCACCUGGGGUGGAUCUGUUGGCAGAAGACGAUGGGACGCAACCCUUCACCACCGUGGGGCCGACGAGAGAUAUUCUCCUUGUUGCUAGAGGAGGAAGGAUAUGGAAGGCUGCGACGAUGGAAGAGGUUUGGCCCGUUGCGGGGAGGAAGCAGAGGAUACCUAUUAUCAAUUCCGAGUAA